AUGCCGCCUUAUUCUGGUCCUCAGAAGCAAUUGAUUGCCCAAUUUGUGAAUUUCACACAGGCAAAGGACUCGGUGGCUGCUAAGUUUUUGAAAGCAAACAGAUGGAGCGUGGAAGAGGCUAUCGAUGAAUUUUUCCAGAGUGGUCAAGGGGCUGGGGGAAGCACAAGCAGCAUCGGUAAAGUUUUCGAUAGCUACAGAGAUGACCCCGAAGAAAACCCUGAUGGCAUUGGCAUUGAAGGAGCGAUCAAAUACCUAGGCGAUAUCAAUGUGCAGUUGGACGAGGUGGCAUGUCUUGGAAUCGCAGAGCUCCUCAAAUCACCUUCCAUGGGUGAAUUCACACGGGAAGGAUUUGUCAAUGGCUGGAGAACCAGCGGAUGCGAUACCAUUCAAAAAAUGAUCGACCACGCCCAAGACAUCCGUUCCCGCAUCCCCACACAACCAGACCUCUUCCGCCGAGUCUACCGCUACGCCUUCCCCCUCUGCCGUCUUCAAGGCCAGCGUAAUCUGCAAUUCGAAAUCGCAGCCGAACAAUGGCGCCUCUUCUUCACACCCGACAACGGCGGUGUUCAGUGGAAUACCGCCACGACACCUUGGCUAGACUACUGGAUUGAGUUCCUCGAGGGACGCGGCAAAAGACCCGUCAACAAGGAUCUCUGGGAGCAGGUCGAGGUGUUUAUGCGCAAGACGCAGGAGGACGAGGAAUUUUCCUGGUGGAGUGCGGAUGGGGCGUGGCCGGGAGCGCUGGAUGAUUUCGUCGGAUGGGUGCAGGAAAAGAGAGGCAAGAACCCGGAGGCUAUGGAGGUUGAAUAA